UGGCUCGAUCAUUGCGAUUGGGUAUUGACCCGGGUCCACUUGGGGAUGGCGUAGGCUGCGUUGUCGAUCCUGGGCGAGGACUAUCUGAAGAUUUCCGUUCUCCUCCGGCACGUUGGCGACGAAUCUCUUCUUCGCGUUUACGAAAUUCUUCUUGUUGUCUGAACUGUUUCUCCUCCUCCCAGCGUUUGGCCUCUGCCUCCCGGCGAUUCAGUUCCUCCUCCCGUCGCUUUACUUCUUCCUCCCGACGCUUUACUUCUUCUUCCUUUAUCCGUGCAGCUUCCUCCUUACGCCUUGCCUCCUCUUCUUUUUCUUCCCUCUGACGUCUUGCUUCCGCCUCCCGCCUUACCUUCUCUUUCUCAGCCUUGCGUCUUGCCGCUUUGUUUUUUAUCUCUUCGUGUUUGGUCCAUUCCUCUUCUGCCACACGUCGCUCCUCCUUCUCUUUCUCUACGGCCUCGCGUGCACGUUGCUCCUCCUCCUCCUUGCGUUUAGCUUCCAGCAAGCGAUGUGCCUCUCUCUCUUUCUCUAUGGCCUCGCGCGCACGUCGCUCUUCCUCUUCCUGCAAACGUUGCGCCUCCUCUUCCCUACGUCUGACUUCUUGCAAACGCCGUACCUCCUCUGCAUUACGUCUGGCUUCUUGCGCCUCCUCUUCCCUACGUUUGGCUUCUUGCGUGCGCCAUGCCUCGUCUGCCUUGCGUCUGGCUUCUUGUGCACGCCUUUCCUCCUCCUCUUGGUGCCUUUCCUCCUCCUCCCUACGCCUUGCAUCCUCUUCCUUGCGUCUUGCAUCCUCUUCGCUACGCCUUGCAUCCUCCUCUUUCCGCCUUUCCGUCACUUCCAAGUAUUUCAACUCCUUUUCACGCUGCUUUCUCAGAUACUCUUUACCACGCAUCCUUUCCUGCUCAUCUAGGUCAUCAUCUAGCCACUCGUCCAGUUCAUCCGCAGACUCUGCUUCUGGUUCCUC